AAUUAACAAGCAUAUACGUGCGUGUUUUGCUUGGGCAUGGAUUCGCCUGAGUGCUUGUAAUAGUGACUGGCUUGUGAUGGUGAAUUGACUACAGCAAAUUCAGCUCUCACUCAUGAAUAUGAAUGAGAUGUAAUAAUAGCCAGUAGCAAACACUCACUACUGAGUUAAUCAUCCCUUGAAAGACUCAGCCCACAAAAAACACUCAAGGUAUCUUUUUAUCUCAGUAAUUACAAUUCCAAUCAUGACUCUGUUGCAGCCUAUUCACAGUCUGUCUCCACACUCUCUGAGGAAGUUACUGUGUCAGGUACUGGAGACAAACAUCACCUCGGCCAGCCACUGUCGCACUUGGCUCCAGCAGCGUCAGUUCAGUGGUUCCCUUAACCGUACUCCACCCCAUUUCUAUGACAAAGUGUGGGACAUCAUGGAAUGCACGCCCAAUGGCAUCACCAUAGCGGACUACUUCCUGCCCCAGCAGCCCACUUUGUCUGACAUGACCCGGACUGACCUGAACUUUGCCCUCCGCAUCGAGGAGAUGUUCAGCCGCAUUGCACACCCGGAAUACAGGCAGCUCAUGGUGGAGCUAAUGACGGUGAUAUCCACCAUCUUGAAAAGAAAUCCAGAGUUGGAAUUCCAGAACACUGUCAAUACAGAUGCUCUUAUUAAGGAGACGCUCACUCUAUUCAAGGAGCACCAUGCCAGCCAGGGCAAGUCAUGUGACAUGCAGGAUUUUUACAAUACACCGCCUGUGGGGACUCACGGCACCAUGAGUUUCUUGGCCAAGAUCAUCGUCAACCAUCUAUUGGAUGAGAGCAUGGACACCUCUAUGGAUGACUGCACGAUCAGCUGAGGCAAGAUUUAGUCAAUCAAGGUGGAUCUUUGGUGCGAGUGAGGGGGACAUCACCACUGGAGGCUCACCAGCUUCAGCCAGAAUGAGAGAAUUUGUGACGUGUACAUAGUAAUCAGUUAUAAAGCAUCAAAGCCCUUUAAUACAUGGCAUUGUCUGGUGAAUAAAUAGGGCAUGUGGGUGGUAAUAUUGAUUAAGUCAAUGAUGCAUUUAAUGUAAAAAAAAAAAAAACCAAUCAAUAAGGUGGAUUCCUUUCCUUGCCAUGGUGACAUGUCGAAAAAAUGAAUCUGGUGCUUGUCCCAAAUUUAGAUGUUUGGGUUUCAUUGUCCAACUGUUUUUGUCUUUGUAAAAGCAACUCACCGUACUCUUUGCCCCUUGGAGAAGGUCAUUUUAUGUGCAGAUUAAGAAGAGGUGGUACUCUCAACAAAAAACAAUAAUGCAUGAUAAAUGGAGUCACUACAGAACUGUAUACAUUGUGUAGACUGGUCUGGAGCCCUUUGCCUUGGUGCUUGAUUGUAGGAAUGUUUGAGCAGUUUGGGUGCAAUAAAGCUAACUCUUUAGAGAAUUAAAACUGUUGGAAAUAAAAUUUCAUUUAUCCUGAAUUCUGAGGUUAUUGGGCUGGAAACCUACUGGGUGCUUAUAAAAUGAUUUCUAUGUUCAGCCUUCAAGUUGAAGACAAAUUCGGUGUGCUUAAGAAAUUUUCAAGGGGCAAAAAGGUGACCGUUUCCACCAUCCUCACAAUCACACAAAAUCUUUCAGAACGCAGUGAAUUUCAGAAAAUUGUGGAAAUUCAAUCAGGUUAGUAAUUUUUCAGAAAAGUUAUCGUGCUUUCUUAAGGAGUGUCCGCAGUUUUCAGAAACAUAUGAGGAUCAAAGUGUUUUUCUACGUGAAGAGCAAGAGAAGAUGUUGCAGGAGCUUUGCUAGGAUAUGGACAAAAAGAGAUGUGUUUGUCUCAGUGCCUUUGGGAGUUGAGACAAUGGUGUAUUUGGUCUAACAGGAAGUAUUUCUUUCAUUGGAAUAUGAAUUAGAUGUUGAUAGUAUACAGUGUGUGUGAAAUGUAUGAUUUAAAUGUAUGAUAGAAAUAAUGUAUAUUUAUAACAAAUGCUGAUUGUUAAAGUUUCAUAUAUUUAAGUUAGUAGCAUCUAUAGCAAUACAUGUGUCAUUACAUAGAUAAUUAUUCUGAUGUCCCUUUAACUGUCAACAUACCAGCCUUGCAAACCAACCAUGUCAGUCACAAGCAAAAUGACAAGAACCACAGGUUGUCACUUUUCAUUAGGCAGGAUGAUUUGUGAUUGGCUCAUGUUUGACUAGUUUACCGUCAGAGUUCUCUCUACUUUAGUAAAACCCAAAUUCAAUGUGAUCAGUACAACAGGCAGUGUUUCCAUUGUACCCAAUGCUGAUUCUCACUAGUCAUUCACGGACAAGUUAUUCCCAUCUCAAGUGGGCUCACAAGCUGUUCAUCCAUAGGAAUAUUUAUUUCGACAUGUUCAUCCAGCAGGGCAUUUAGCAUGUGACAGUUAAGAAGAUAAAGAAGACAUGUUCAGUUUUAGAGGUGGGAGAAAAAGCCCAAUAGAUAUUCUGGGGGAACCCACAGAGUCAGACAGGGACUGAAAACCCAUUCCAUAUGCAGACCUAGGUGUGAUUCGAACCCGGGCCACAAAUGUGGAAGGCGAAAAAAGAGCCCCUGCAAUCACAUGACUCCCUCAAAUGAACUGUGGCAAAGACACUCCUCUGUCAUUGUUCGUAGCCUGUAUGCUUAUGACCAGACUCUCGAAUUGCCUUGUAAUUUACUUUUGGCUGGAGUAUUGAUGAAGGCUUCAGCGACAACACCGACAGUGGUAUAGGUCUUGCAUGGCAGAAAGUGUCCAUUGUAUAACAGUGACGUGCACGGGUGAAUCAAGGUGGCAUCCAAAAAUUUUAAAAGGAGAGAGAGGAAAAAGUGAUUUUGAAGGGUCGAUUUUUAUCUGCUUUCGUUUCAAAAGCAUCUAAAAAGUCCGACAAUGUCAUCUCACCCCCUAGAUAGGCCAUAAAAGGUUACAUGACAAAAUUUCCAAAUUUUUGGUCCCCCAAAAUAAGCCCCCCCCAUGCCCUAGAUUAUGUACAAGCUAUGGAAUGUUGUACUCAUGUAUCUCCAUAUGGAGCCUUAUUGUAAAAAUGAGCAUUGAAUUCGGUGUACUAUGUUUUGCGAAGUGCAGCCAGAAAGAACACCUUGACAGCAUUCAAGUAGUGGUAUUUAUGAAUAAUGGCUCCCUCUUCGGCGAACAGCGAAACCAAAGUUUGGAAAAUUAACAACUAAAAAUGUUUAAUGAAACCAUUGGUGUGAUUUUUGUGAGUUUAUUCCUGUGUUUGAA